AUGAAGCCUCGGGCGGUCGACAAUCCUGGUCGUGAAACACAGACGAGCAUGAUCUGCAGCAUCUGUAGCUCAGCUUGCCGGGACUUAAGACAGCUUCGAGGCGACUUCGUGACUUGUGUCGGCCAGAACGGUAAUCCGAAUGGAGCGCGCUGGGACGACGGCCUUACGCCAGACGACGCCAGAAAUAUGAGAUCUGAUCCCAGGUAUGCCACCUUGAGAGGCGCAGCGACGGCAGAUGCCCUCUCGAGUGAAGAUAUUGCAGGGAAAACACAACAGAACGCAGCGCCAUGUACACCCGUGCAUCAUGUGCGAUCGGAAGUUUGCUAA